CUGCGUGAUUGGCUGCGGGUCAUCUCGUUCGCCUGCCGUGCAGCACCCAGCCUCAGCAUCCUGGCAGCGGCGUUCCAGGUCACCGGCAGCAGCAGCAUCUCGCUCCUCAGCUCUGAGUUUAUAAGAUAAAACAGAAGCCGUAGCUGUUCACGGGUGUGUGCGCCUUUUCCUUGUCUUGCACUGGCGGCUCGUAUACAGGAUGGCUGAGAGCGAGGCAGACACGCCGAGCACGCCGAUUGAGUUUGAGAGCAAAUACUUCGAGUUUGAUGGAGUGCGGCUGCCGCCCUUCUGCAGAGGGAAGAUGGAGGAGAUCGCCAACUUCUCCCUCAGAAGUAGCGACAUAUGGAUUGUCACCUACCCAAAGUCAGGCACCAGUCUACUCCAGGAGAUUGUGUAUCUGGUGAGUCAGGGAGCAGACCCUGAUGAGAUCGGCCUUAUGAACAUCGACGAACAGUUGCCUGUCUUAGAAUACCCACAACCUGGGCUGGACAUCAUACAGGAGCUGACAUCUCCUCGACUGAUCAAAAGCCAUCUUCCCUACCGAUUCCUUCCUACGGCCAUGCAUAAUGGGGAGGCCAAGGUGAUCUACAUGGCUCGGAACCCAAAGGACCUGGUGGUGUCUUAUUAUCAGUUCCAUCGCUCUCUCAGGACCAUGAGCUACCGGGGAACCUUCCAGGAGUUCUGCCGGCGCUUCAUGAAUGACAAAUUGGGAUAUGGCUCCUGGUUUGAACAUGUUCAGGAAUUCUGGGAACAUCGUAUGGACUCUAAUGUCCUCUUCUUGAAAUAUGAAGACAUGUACAAGGAUCUGGGGACAUUGGUGGAGCAGCUGGCCCAGUUCCUGGGUGUUUCCUGUGACAAGGCUCAGCUGGAGGGGAUGGUGGAGAGCUGCAACCAGCUUAUUGAGCAGUGCUGCAACUCUGAGGCGCUGUCUGUCUGCAGGGGUCGUGUAGGUCUGUGGAAGGACGUCUUCACAGUGUCUAUGAAUGAUAAGUUUGAUGCAAUAUACAGACAGAAGAUGGGCAAAUCCGACCUGACCUUUGACUUCUGCCUGUGAGGAGCUCCUGAUGUCUCCUCUUCCAACCACCACCUCCCUCCCCCCACUGAUCUACGUCAGUACAGUCGACAAGUGCUCACAUCCUGCCAAAACCCACGCUCCUAUGUCUCCAUUCAGUCAAUCAGUCUGAAGUUUAAUGGUACAGUUUGACAGUGGGAUCACACUACAAGACUUUUCCCCACAAUGCAAUUCCCUCUCAAGUCAACAUGUCAUCCAAAAUCACAGCCUUGUGGACCGAUAAAAAAAAAAAACUAGAAUUAUUAGGAGAUAACUGAGUUUUCUCAAUCAGUAGUUAAACCAAACCUCCCUCAACCCCUACCUCCACAGUAUGCUUAGACUGCUGUGUAUGUUUGUGUGUACUGGUCAGGGUUAGACUGGUAUAGGUAUCUGAAAGUCAAUACCACUGAGCUGAAGUGUUGUCAACAGGAAUUCAACCCACAUUCACAUGUGACUGAGAUACACUGAAAAUCACAUGAAUGCAACAUUACAGGGAAACAACAUCCAUUUAAUUAGUCCAUGUGAUGGUUGUCUUGCUCCUAAAGGUUUCUUGACCUGUUGUUGGUCUCAGAGAUGAGAAACUGUUUAACCUAGCAGGUUUUGAAAACCUAAGGGUUUUUGUGUCUUCUUUCACAGUUCCCACCAUAACAUACUAGUAAUACACUAUCGAUCAAAAGUUUGGGGUCUCUUAGAAAUGUCCUUAUUUUUGAAAGAAGAGCAUUUUUUUCAAUGAAGAUAGCACUAAAUUAAUCAGAAGUCUAGACAUUGUUAAUGUGGUAAAUGACUAUUCUAGCUGGAAAUGGCUGAUUUUUAAUGGAAUAUCUCCAUAGGGGUACAGAGGAACAUUUCCAGCAACCAUCACUCCUGUGUUCUAAUGCUACAUUGUGUUAGCUAAUGGUGAUGAAAGGCUCAUUGUCUGGGUGACUCCAAACUUAUGAAUGGUAGUGUAUUACAUUAAAGUGAAUGUUAUUUGAGCAUUUUAUCAUGUGCUCAUGCUGUACGGCACAGUCUUCAAAUGUGACCUGAAAUCUAAAUGCAGGUCAGACUCUCAGUCAGUGCUUUGACUUGUGAUUUGCAGUGUAUAUCAGCCACAACUAUCUGUACAUGUGUGUCUUUGGAUGUCAGGUGGACAAUCCCUGUGAAACAUUUGAAUUAUCAGGAGACACCAAAACUCUCAAGGGAAGAAGCCCAGAUGGAUGAAACACUUAGCGAGCAGCUCCAUAGGUUCGGUCGUACACAUGUAUUUAGUGCGGCACCUGGAAUACAUUAUUACGUGUAUCUGGAAAACUACACCACCCAGCUGUUGAUAACACCAAUGCUUUCCCAUCCUGCAGAGAAUUGAUUUAACUCUGAUUCUGUGUACCUUCACGGUUGCGCAGAUGUAAUAGCAGAUACAUGGAAGCUAACUGUAAGAGGUGAAGCUUAUCACGCCUAACUGAACCCAGCAGCUCAGUGUCACAGCUGGUGGAGUGUUGUUGCGUUGGAUCAUCCUUUAUUUGCUUUGUUUUGCUCAUGGUGCUGCAGGAUUUUCAGCCACCAUCACUGACACAAUCGAAGAGCUUUAUGUAUGUGUGUGUGUGCAUGUGUGUGAGGCAAAGACAGGAAGAGAUGCCUUGUCAAUGCUCAAACAUACCACCCGAGUACAUCCCAUCAGAUUCAAUGAGCUGCCAAUGGCCGCUAAAGCUGCUAUGUGGAGGAUAGGAACAUGUACCUAGAUCUGACCCAGCACUGUGGCUGGAUCACAUCUGACUAUAUUCAUGUCAUUAAGGAGGAACAACCUUGAUAGUCAUUUGAGCACCAAUCUGCUGGUACAUUCUAUUCCUGUGAGGUGACUAAAUGUGGCCCAGCUUGCCCUCUAGUGGUCACAAUUUGCAGUAGCUACAGAUGUCAUGAGUUGAAUGCAGAAUUUAGAGCCUCUUAUCGGAUGUAGACAAACUCGGUGCAACAAUUUGAAGGUUUUAUCAGAAGGACAAUACACUCACUGUCACUCACUGUAGGUGUGUCAACACAAACAUUAGAAACAGAUAAGGUGCUAUAAGGAAUUGAAAUGCUGUUUUUAUUUUAAAGAGAAACCUACUUUGAAGGAUUAAGGACCUCCUAUUGGCUCCCACUGGCCUCACUUAAUUAUAAGGAAUAUGAAACUAACUCCACUGUAUCUGAGAAUAAACAGUACGUCAAUUAAAUAUCCACUAUCAUUCCAAAGUUUGGGGUCACUUAGAAAUGUCCUUAUUUUUGAAGUGGAAACAGCUGAUUUUUAAUGGAAUAUCUCCAUAGGGGUACAGAGGAACAUUUCUAGCAACCAUCACUUCUGUGUUCUAAUGCUACAUUGUGUUAGCUAAUGGUGUUGAAAGGCUCAUUGAUGAUUAGAAAACCCUUGUGCAGUUAUGUUAGCACAUGGAUAAAAGUGUGAGCUUUCAUGGAAAACAUGAAAUUGUCUGGGUGACCCCAAACUUUGGAACAGUAGUGUAUAUGAUGUUCUACCUUCCCUGCACACUGUUGGACUGAUUCCUGCAGCGUUUAAUGGGAAUUACACAAGGUCACUGAACUCUAGCAGUGACCUCACUGAAAAUCUACUUGGCAAAAUUGUACUCCGGUAGUGGACUGGAUAUAGUGCAGACAAGGUGGUAAACUUGAACUCCUGGAAACAGAACAGAAUGAUUAGCAGGCCAACACAGGCCAACACCGGCAGUUCACAAAACAAUCCAACAUUUAACCAGUUUGAUUGUCAUAACAUUCUUCUGUCACAGCAGUCAUGCAGGAAGCUUCUUUCAACAACAAAAUCUGUCCAUCCAUGUUUGCUUGUUUAGUAGACAUUUUAACCAAACAAAUCAGCUUUCUCAGGUCGGAAGUUGAUAUUUACAAUAAAUAUAUAUGGCAUGAAUGCAGCAUUGGCCUGCAAAUGGUUCAUGGCAAAUUACAAAUGAAGAGUUCAUUUGCAAAAACAGAUAACUGUUUUGAUAAAUUUUCAGAAAACUUUUUAUUUUAUUGUUUACUUGAGAUAAUAUCAAUCAAACUGAAGUUGAGUGCGUUUGACUCAGUAGAAAAAUACACGACAAAAUCAAGAAAAAGAAAUUAUUAGUGUUAUUAUUAUCUCAAGUAAACAAUGAAAAAAUGAGUUUUCUGAAAAUUUAUGAAACGGAGUUACCUGUUUUUGCAAAUGAACUCUUCAAAUGUUAAAUGCUUGAAAUAAAUUAAUGAUGGCUGAAUAAACAGAAAUAACAGAUUGUUUUAAAAAAAACACCACAUCUAACCAUACGCACGAUUCGAGCCACAUGGCCUUCAGUUAAAAAUGCAUCCGUUCCAAAACUUAAUUCUUACUUUAACGGAAAUUUCAAGUAAAGCAGUUUCACUUUAGUCUCAUCUCCUCUUUUUGACUGGUUGGACCAGGAUAGUCUUGAGUUUGUCAGGUUAAAAUUUAACCAGACAAAUUGUGUCUCACCCGGUUACACAAAGAAAUGAGUGAGAAUUCAAAACCUUGUCUAAGGAGGAGGCCUAAUCAGACAAAGGGGUUAAAAUCUGAAGACUCAGGUUUGUGUCACUGACACACUGUCAUGAAAGUGAAAAUAUCUGCUAUGAAAAGACCUUUGGGUGUGCAGGACCUGCAAACAUAGAUUUAAGCUUGAAUAUGUGUAAAAUAUUCGAACCACAUCCACACUUUUUAAAUUUUUUUAAAGCACUAGAUAGGGGAGUCUACUUCCGGGUAGUCGAUGUAGAGGACGUGUUAGUCUCGUUCUCCCGUGGUUUUACAUUUGAAAGUACUUUUCCAGGAGGUAGUGUCUACAGAUACGGACCCGUACCCGUAGCCUGUGGCCUACGGAUACGGCACUUUUCAUUUGCCAGACAGAUAAGGACCCGUACGCGAGUCUCGCGAGUCAAGAAGCUGCUAACCACUGCAAACUGUUGAAAGGUAAGCAAAGGUUAGGAUUAGGGUUAGUGUUAGGAUUAGGUUUAGGGUCCGUACCUGUAGUACCGAUGCUACGGGUCCGUACCUCUAGCAUCUACUGGGAGUCACGUGACCAGAUCUCACGUAUCUGAUUGGCAAAUGGAAAGUGCCGUAUCCGUAGGCCACAGGUACGGGUCCGUACCUCUUGCAACUACCUUUCCAGAACCCCAUCCAACCUCUGGAACACGUCUCACUAUAGUUCGUUAGACAGAGUUUUUAACAAACGAAAUGUCGAAAACAACAAAAGUGAAGAAAACCGACGGUGAGCCUUCGAAUACCUGCGGCAGCUCAUGCUUCGCUAACAUAGCUAGCCUGCUGGAGGAGCACCGAGCUAGCAUCUCAGCCGACUUCAAGACAACUUUCGCAGUCCUCGAGGAGAAACUGAAUAAAACCCAGGCCACGGUAACAGAGCACGGCCAACGCAUUGACUCCUUGGAAUCGGGAGCUGACAUAAAGGAGCAACAUAUUCAAGCGCUGGAGGAACGCUGUGCAACGCUAGCUGAUAGCAAAAACAAGCUGGUGGCCAAGACGGCAGAUCUGGAGAGCCGAAGUCGUAGGAAUAAUAUUCAUAUUGUUUGUCUUCCCGAAUCCAUCGAGGGUCCCCGGCCUACAAAAUUCUUCUCAGAACUGCUAGUCGAACUACUGGGGGAUCAGGUCCUGCUGUCCCCCCCAGAGGUAGACCGCGCGCACCGAUCACUUGCUGCCAAACCACAGCCGGGUUCGAGAUCACGGCCCGUGAUUAUGCGGCUCCACCAUUACCAAACCAAGGAUCUUAUUGUCCAUGAGGCUCGUAAGAAGCGAGGCAGUCUCCAAUACCAGGGCGCAACGGUGCAGAUCUUCGAAGACUACACGCCAGAGGUUAUGGAGCAACGCUCAAAAUAUCGCAACAAGUCCUCCAAUUCAUACGACUACACAGGUCGUAUGUAACGUGCACCGGAAUACGACCCAUGAGAGCCGGGUUCUGCUCGAGGUUUUUCCCUGUUAAAAGGGUGUUUUCCUUGCCUCUGUCGCCUUUGGGCUUGCUCUGGGGGUCAGACAUAUGGGUUCUGUAAAGCGUCUUGAGACAGUUUGACUGUAAUUGAAGCUAUAUAAAUAAAAUUGAAUUGAAAAUAUUUACGUAGCGCCCCUACGGGGAAAAGGAAUGCAUUACGGGAUUUAAUUCGCGAAAUGGCUUUUCCCUUGCGAAACGGCUUUUUCCUCACUUUCCCAACACGGCUUUAGGGUUAGGGUUAGGGAUAGGGAUAUUGUUAGAUAAAAGUUUGUUCAUGGUGAUGUUUCACCUGCGCCACCCGAGUGUUGAUAUUUACUCAACCGCUAGAGGUCGCAUAACGUCAAAACGUAACACUCGGUCGUAAUACGGAUGUGUACAGAUGACCUAUGUGGUCGUUUUUUGUUUGCGGACAGGCUCAAAUAUCGAGAUGUCAUGGCUAAGCUAUACAACCUGGGACUGAGACCGGCACUACUGUUUCCAGCUCAACUGCAGAUAACACUCCGAAGCGGGGCCAAAAAGAGGUUCACCUCGGCUGAAAACGCUGCGUCAUUUGCAGCCGGUUACCAACAGACGCCGACGGACGACUAACCUAGCCACCGGACUGAUCCAAACUAACAUGGAUAUGUAAGCACCAUAACAAACUUUACAAUUCGCUGCAUUUCUAUUGCGCUCUCAAGUGUGAGCUUACAGAGACUUCGGUUAAGUCGUGAGAUGUAAAUACAGUUUUGUGCGCCUGACUCUGCUGUUCAAUAGGGGCCAUUCUUGAGUUGGUUUGGUUUAUUACUAACUGAUGUGUCUUUUGUUUAUCAAGGAAGUUCAACAAUUGAAGCUUGUGUUCCGCAAAAAAGCUGUUCAUAUUAUGUUAUGCGAUUAUUUUUCAGAACUAAUGUGAUUCAGUAGACCACUCAGCAGGUCUAUAAUAUUCCAGAUUGUGUUUCAUACUGCUCAUCAUCAGACAUCGUUGCAGGUAGACUCGGAUUACAUAAUACUUUUAGUUUAUUGUACUCAUAUAACUGUUAUACUGUUAUCACUCUUCCAUUUUACAGAACCUGCAAUCAUACUGCUUGUAGUUAACCUGUGAUUCUUCUCAAAACCUGAUAAUAAUGGGGAUUUAUUAAAGGGAUACGGGUGCUUAGACGUCACUAGUAGGGAAGAAGAAAGAGUAAGGAUAGUUGGUACCAUGGUAGUUUGCAGAAAAGGUUUGUAUCACAGGGAAGAUAGUGAGCUAGGUGAGGGUAGAACAGGGGAGAGUUUCUAUGACCUAGCUAGAGGGGGUUUUGUUCCAAUAGGGUGUGUGGGUCAUUGUUGGGUGGGGGGAAAGAGUUCUCUUCUUACUCACACUUUGCUUGUUAAUCUCUACUCACUAAGCUUGUAUACACUGCUUUGUCCUGUACCUACAUGUUAUACUUCCUUUAUUUUUUGCUGCUGGCGCUCCAGGUUCAGCUCAACAUUUCUACAGUCUCUUGUCGCUAUAUGUCAGAUCUGACUGGUGUGGGGGCCGGUGGCGGGCGGGGAGUGAGGAUUAUUUAAUUAAAUACAGGUGAGUUGAACGCAGCUGUGAAGCGUGUCAAGAUUUUUUCACAUAUUAAGAACCUUAAUGCUGAUAUAAUGUUCAUCCAGGAUACACACCUAUGCAACUCUGAUCAGCAAAAAUUGAAGAGACUCUGGAUUGGGCAAAUUCUCCACUCUAAAUUUACUCUGAAAACAAGGGGUGCAGCUAUAUUGAUAAGGAAGAACGGUCAUUUUACUUUAAAUACUGUCAUAUCAGAUGUAAAUGGCCGAUAUGUUAUAGCGUCUGGCAUUCUCUAUCAAAAACCUGUAGUUUUAGUGUCUGUUUAUGCCCCCAAUUGGGACAAUCAUGAUUUUAUGAAGCUACUGCUAUCCUCCAUCCCAGAUCUAAACUCGCAUUUACACACGUGGACAAAAUUGUUGGUACCCCUCAGUUAAAGAAGGAAAAACCCACAAUUCUCACUGAAAUCACUUGAAACUCACAAAAGUAACAAUAAAUAAAAAUUUAUUGAAAAUUAAAUAAUCAAAAUCAGCCAUCACUUUUGAAUUGUUGAUUAACACAAUUAUUUAAAAAAAAAAACUAAUGAAAUAGGGCUGGACAAAAAUGAUGGUACCCAUAACUUAAUAUUUUGUUGCACAACCUUUUGAGGCAAUCACUGCAAUUAAACGAUUUCUGUAUUUGUCAAUGAGCGUUCUGCAGCUGUCAACAGGUAUUUUGGCCCACUCCUCAUGAGCAAACAGCUCCAGUUGUCUCAGGUUUGAUGGGUGUCUUCUCCAAAUGGCAUGUUUCAGCUCCUUCCACAUAUGUUCAAUGGGAUUCAGAUCUGGGCUCAUAGAAGGCCACUUUAGAAUAGUCCAACGCUUUUCUCUCAGCCAUUCUUGGGUGUUUUUGGCUGUGUGCUUUGGAUCGUUGUCCUGUUGGAAGACCCAUGACCUGCAACUGAGACCAAGCUUUCUGACACUAGGCAGCACAUUUCUCUCCAGAAUGCCUUGAUAGUCUUCAGAUUUCAUCGUACCUUGCACACUUUCAAGACACCCUGUGCCAGAUGCAGCAAAGCAGCCCCAAAACAUUACUGAGCCUCCUCCAUGUUUCACCGUAGGGACAGUGUUCUUUUCUUCGUAUGCUUGGUUUUUGAGUCUAUGAACAUAGAGUUGAUGUGCCUUACCAAAAAGCUCCAGUUUGGUCUCAUCUGUCCAAAGGACAUUCUCCCAGAAGCUUUGUGGCUUGUCAACAUGCAUUUUUGCAAAUUCCAGUCUCGCUUUUUUAUGAGUUUUUCAGCAGUGGUGUCCUCCUUGGUCGUCUCCCAUGAAGUCCACUUUGGCUCAAACAACGACGAAUGGUGCGAUCUGACACUGAUGUACCUUGGCCUUGGAGUUCACCUUUAAUUUCUUUGGAGGUUGCUCUGGGCUCUUUGGAUACAAUUCGAACGAUCCGUCUCUUCAAUUUGUCAUCAAUUUUCCUCUUGCGGCCACGUCCAGGGAGGUUGGCUACUGUCCCGUGGGUCUUGAACUUCUGAAUAAUAUAAGCCACUGUUGUCACAGGAACUUCAAGCUGUUUAGAGAUGGUCUUAUAGCCUUUACCUUUAAGAUGUUUGUCUAUAAUUUUUUUUCGGAUGUCCUGGGACAAUUCUCUCCUUCGCUUUCUGUUGUCCAUGUUCAGUGUGGUACACACCUUUUCACCAAACAGCAGGGUGACUACUUGUCUCCCUUUAAAUAGGCAGACUGACCGAUUAUGAGUUUGGAAACACCUGUGAUGUCAAUUAAAUGACACACCUGAGUUAAUCAUGUCACUCUGGUCAAAUAGUUUUCAAUCUUUUAUAGAGGAACCAUCAUUUUUGUCCAGGCCUGUUUCAUUAGUUUGUUUUUUUAAAUAAUUAUGUUAAUCAACAAUUCAAAAGUAAUGGCUGUUUUUGAUUAUUUAAUUUUCAAUAAAUUUUUAUUUAUUGUUACUUUUGUGAGUUUCAAGUGAUUUCAGUGAGAAUUGUGGGUUUUUCCUUCUUUAACUGAGGGGUACCAACAAUUUUGUCCACGUGUGUAUAUUUCUGAUUCAGUCACAUUUUUCUGUGAGACAAAUAAGAAUGAGGACACUUCUGCAUCUCUGCUUUGGGAAACACUUAAAGCAGUCAUACGAGGUAAUAUCAUUUCCUACACAUCUCGUGCCAACAGACUACACAAAGCGUGCCAAAGGGAGCUAGAGGAGUCUAUUGCUAACUUGGUGUUCGGAUUGUGGGGUGUGGAGAACCCAGGUGCAGACAUUACUGAGAGGCAACAGGGCAUAAUUAAAAGGAUUUAUUAGCAAAAUCAAAACCACUACCACUACAAACCACUACAAACUGAAAGCAGGACUGGAGUGGACAAAAAACAAAACUAGACUGUGACAAACGACAAGACAAAAAAGGUACUUACAUAUGGAGAAACAAACGACUAUAGCAAGAGUAAACUGGAGUCCAAACAAUCCAUUGAGUCCAAAGAGGGUAAAUCCAGAAAAAGGUGAAAAGUGAAGAAGUCCAACAAACUGAGACAAUCCAGAGGGGUAGGGAAAGUGGGGAGUGGAGUCUGAAGCUGCAUGUCGAUCCAACUAUGCGCCAGCAAAGAACUGAGGGGAAGGCAGGGCUUAAAUAGGAGGGAAGGGGACCAGGUGAGAUGAAUAGAGCUAAUUGAGUGCAGCUGACAGUGAUCAGUAAAUGAGGUGACAGAGCCAGGGGACGAGCGACUGGGAAAGAGACAGAAGGGGAAGACAACAGACAGAGGGAGACAGAGACACACAAGCCAAAACACACACAGAAGGGCAAAAAUGAGAAAAGGAAGGAAAAGUAGAGAAAAAGGGCAAAAGCAGGACCAUAAGCAUAACACUUGGAUAACCAAUAUUCAACUAAUCCAUCACCCGACCUCUAUAAGCAGAGGAUUGGACUCCAAACGGAGCUUAAUCUUCUGCUCUCAAGGGAUGCAGAGCGCCUCCUUACUUCAAUCCUGUGGGACCAUGUAUGAAUACUGUGACAAAUCUGGCCAACUUCUGGCUCACCAACUGAAAGCCAAAAUGGCAGCAAGCCAUAUUACGCAGAUACGAGACAAGUCAGGCUCACUAACCUUUGACCCAGAUGAAAUCAAUAACAUCUUUAAAUCAUUUUACUCCCAGCUUUACACUUCUGAAUUCUCUGAGGAUGAAGUUCAGUUAUCUUACGUUAAUAACUUAGACAUGCCUAAGAUUUCUACUAUAGAUCAACAAAAGCUUGACGCCCCCAUAAACCUUGACAAAAUCAAAGAAGCGAUUAAUUCAAUGCAUAGCGGUAAGUCACCAGGUCCUGACGGGUACCCAAUUGAAUUUUAUAAAAAACUCGUAGUCCAGCUGGUCCCAUUGUUGCUCGAAAUGUUAAUUGUUCUUACUCUCAGGGUUCACUUCCACCCACUCUCACGCAGGCUUGUAUCUCUCUCAUCCCCAAGAAGGACAAGGACCCAUUAAACUGCGCUUCGUAUCGUCCAAUUUCGCAUUUAUCAGUUGAUGUGAAAAGAUCUUCGCUCGCCGAUUGGAGUCUGUUAUGCCUGCAAUUAUAUCUGAUGAUCAGACCGGAUUUAUUAAGGGGAGACACUCUUUUACUAAUGUAUGGAGACUUCUUAGUAUUAUUCACACUCCAUCCUCCCUUGAUGAACCAGAAGUAGUUAUAUCUCUAGACGCCGAGAAAGCCUUUGACAGAGUUGAGUGGGCUUUCCUUUUUUCUUAGUUUGGUUUUGGAAAUGGCUUAAUUUCAUGGAUUCAGUUACUGUACUCUUCUCCAUAUGCCUCUGUGUGUACAAACAUUCAACGCUCCAAUCCUUUCCCUCUUUCUCGUGGUACGCGCCAAGGAUGCCCCCUGUCGCCUCUCCUGUUUGCAAUUGCCAUCGAGCCACUGUCCAUAGCUCUAACAGCAAACAACGGUUUUAAGGGCAUCCAGAGAUGGAGUGUGGAGCACAAAGUUUCGCUCUACGCUGAUGACUUGCUUCUAUAUGUACGUGACCCAGUGUCUAGUAUACAUCAUAUCCUUUCACUCCUAGAGUCUUUUGGUUGCCUAUCUGGUUAUAAAUUGAACAUCCAAAAGAGUGAGUACUUCCCUGUUAACCAAUUGGCAUCUGACCCAUCACUGUUUUCACUCCCUUUUAGAUUCUCUGGUACAGGGUUUAAAUAUCUGGGUAUCACAAUUACUCAAUCAAUUAAAUCAUUACGGGAGCAAAACCUUACAACUCUGACAGCACUAGUCAAAGCAGAUCUACAGAGAUGGGGCAAUCUACCAAUCUCUUUACCUGGAAGAGUACAAACUGUUAAAAUGAACAUCUUACCUUGAUAUUUAUAUAUCUUUCAAUGUCUCCCCAUUUUCCUGCCCAGAUCCUUCUUUAGUAGCAUUAACAGCAUUAUCUCUUCUUUCAUCUGGGCAGCCAAACAUGCAAGAGCCGGUAAUUCACUGCUACAGAGGAAUAGGUCAUGUGGUGGGCUUGGCUUACCCAACCUUUUAGGAUACUACUGGGCCACCAACACAUACAAAAUUAUGCUUUGGUGCACCUCACCCCAGGGCAAGUGGUAUCAGCUCGAAGUUGACUAAUGUUCCUCAUCCUCAUUGCAAGCCCUGGUAUGCAGCUCUUUGCCCUUGAUCCCCUCUCACUUUUCAUCAAACCCCACUGUUACUGCCACUCUGAAAAUUUGGGCUCAGACCAGACGCCACUAUGGGUGGCUGUCUCUACCACAAGUGACUCCUAUUUGCAACAAUCAUCUGUUUCCACCUGGUAGAACUGACCCUAGAUUUACAUACUUAAAAUGUAAGGGAAUUCAGCACCUUGGUAACUUGUUCUUAGACAAACAAUUUGCCAGCUUUGACCAAUUAGGUGAUGCUUUUGGAUUAAAUAAAUCUGACUUUUUUAGGUACUUUCAACUGUGGGACUUUGCUAGAACUCAUUCCCCUCAGUUUCCCCAAAUCUCCCCAUCUAGUGGCAUAGAUUUUAUUACUUGAGGCUCGCAACUUGCCCAAGGGCCGUAUCUCCUACUAUUAUACUCUCGUCGAUGGCAGGCAAAUCUGCAGUCGACAGGAUUAAAGCCAAAUGGCAGGAAGAACUACAGAUUAUCUUUUCGGACAUUUUCUGGAAUGAAGCUCUGAGAGGAGUCAAUUCAUCCUCCAGCUGCGCUAGACUCAGUCUUAUACCAUUUAAGGUACUCCAUAGGCUCCACUAUAGUAAGGCUAAACUUUCUAGACUCUAUCCAAGCAGACUGGAGGAUAGAUGCGAUAUGUGUGCACAAACCCCCUGUAACCUGACUCAUGUUCUGGUCCUGCCCCAAACUGACUGACUUCUGGAAAUCUUUUUUUGAUGCCAUCUCCGAAAUCUUAAGUAUAGCUGUACCCCCCUGCCCUCAUAUAGCAAUAUUUGGUAAAUCUCCGGAUGAACUUUCCACAACAAAAGUACAAAAUACUGUUACUGCUUUCACAUCUUUGAUUGCACGUCGAAGAAUUAUUUUUCUUUGGAAGGCCCCGCUGCCCCGUUCAUUUAAACUUUGGCUACAGGAUGUCAUGUACUUCCUCAAACUAGAGAAAAUUCUCACUGAGAGGCUCUUCAGAUAAAUUCUAUUCAACUUGGAGACCAUUAAUUGACUAUGCCAAUCGGCUCCCCGCGACACGCUUCUCCGAGGGCGACGCAUGAAGUUACCUUUCUAUUGUGUUUGCGUAGUGAGAGAGCCCCCUUGCUGCCCGUUCGCCACACGGCCCCAUUGAGUUCUCCUGUGCCAGCAACUGACACUGACAAAGAUGGGCAUUGGCUUACCACCGAUGUCAAGAUCCUAGUCCACAUAGGGCUUCCUGAGUGCUAGCAGCAGUUGUUAAAACUUUUAACGUUUCUCUCUACUUCCUGUCUAAUUAGUAUGGGUACGUGUGUGCAGGAGCGCUCGUGCGCAUGCGUGUAUAUUUACAUAUACAUAGGUAUAUGUGUGUAGGUAUACGUGUACACAUGUAUCGUUUUUUUUUAUUUAUAUUUAUUCUAAUUUGUUACAUAUUCAAUCCCUUUUUAAAUUCAUUUACUUGUGUAUACCCUAACCUUGUUUUUUUAACUUCUAUUUUAUAAAAAACAAUUUUUGAUUACUUUAAAAUAUUAUCCAUUUUAAUUAAUUAAUUUAAACUCAUUUUCUCUUCAAUUAACCUAUAUUUCCUUUUUUAUACGAAUGUUUAGUUUUAUUCCUUCAAUUUUUCAUUUAUUUGUAUAAUUUUUCUUUUACCUAUCUAUCUUACCCAUUUAACCAGUACUGUUUAUUAUCAUUUAGUAUUUAUUUUCUUAGUAAUAUAUGUGUAAUAUGUGUAUAUGCUAAAGGAGUAGGAGUAGGAGUAUAUAGCUUGGUUUAUAGUUCUUUUAUUGUUUUAGUUAAGAAAGAAGAGAAGGAUUGUGUUCAGGGAGGUGCGGGAUGGAGGGGAGGGGUGGGGUGGGGAAGGAAGAAAAUGUUACAUUUGAUGAUUGUUCUCUUGUACUAUAUGUUUUUGGAAUCAAUAAAAAAGAAUCAUAAAAAAGCACUAGAUAGGAUUCACUUUCUUCAAAAAAAGUGAAAUAUAAGUCAUAAAUAUUCUGUCUUCCCUGCUGGAGGCAGUAAUGUGAGUAAUAAAAAGUUGUGGGAUGUGAUGGUAGGCUGCUGGGAGCCUGGAAGUGGAAUUGUUGCUAGUGACUUGUGCUGCAGGAGGCGCUUAAAUCCUUCCUUUCUGUCAUUUUCUGAUUGGCAAGCUACAAUAGCUCGGGAAGUCAAAAGACUUUGAUCAAGUAAUAUUUUUUUGUAGAUUUUUCAAUCCUUUUUUGUUGAGGUCCAUGGUGUGUUAGUUUCCCACUGACUUUUCCAUCAUGAUUUCUUACUUUGAAUGGUAUCAUUGUAGAGCUUCUCUGUUCUCUGUGAUAUUAAAAGGUAAAAAAAGUUGAUUUGACUUGGUAAACUUGAGCAUUGGUGCACUUUUUUUCAAGGCCUGUGUGAACUAUGCUCCAUUCCACUCGUGAUCUAUGAACAGUGAUGUUUCUCUCUCUUUCUGUCUUUUCUCAGAAGUGUUUUGUUUGCAUUAGAGGAGUGAGCAGAGUAUUAACAAAGUAUAACCAGCAUUAACUGUUCAGCUACAUACUGUAGUGUCACGACAGCACCACCAUGCGAAGUCACACUAUUAACGUGAGGCGUCACUGACAAACAAUCCUGCACCUCGUCCUCCUCUGUUGCUGCAGUAGUUUCCAGUCCAGCAGAUUGGUCCCUACGCUCUAUCAGACACUUGUGAAUGUCUUUAUUGUGUGGAUGUAAACAGCAACCUCACUCUUCAUACCAUCUCUUUUACAGCUUCUUUCUUUUCAUCGUUCUCUCUUCUCUCUGCCACUCUGUUUAUAGCUGUUGGCAAGGCUUCAGCCAGCCCAUCUCCACUUUUAUGGUUUGUUUGGGUUUUUAUACAUGCCUGCCUGUGUUUCCUGGCCAUUGUAUUUGACAUGCUAUGCUUGUUGGUUUAUUAAUAAAGUUUUGUCUUCAGGCAAUA